AUGUCAACUUCAAAGCCAUCAGUACUCCUUAUCCCCGGCGCGUGGCACCAGGGCGAAGCCUGGAUGCUUGUCGCUGAUCUCCUGCGCGAUCAAGGCUACUAUGCUGAGCCUUUGACGCUGCCCUCGGCUGGCGGGCCCUCGUCUAGUACGAUUGCCGACGAUGCCGAAUUCAUUCGCAAUAAAUAUCUGAAUGAUCUUAUUGCCCAGGGACGAGAUGUAAUUGUGGUCAUGCACUCAUACGGGGGUGUCCCCGGUACGGAAUGUGUCAAGGGUUUCGCGAGGAAGGACCUCGCAGCACAAGGCAAACCCGGUGGCGUGGUUGCGCUGGUCUAUGUGACUGCCUACCUGAUUCAUGCGGGAGAGAGCCUGUCAUCUUCUUUGCCCAAAACUGAGCCUAAUAUCAUCGGAUCUGUUAAUGGCAAUGUGACACAACCUGCAGACCCGAGGCAUAACUUCUAUAAUGACCUCGAUGAUGAAACGGCCGCCAAGAACAUCUCCCGGCUGGUACACCAUGCUAUGCCUUCCUUUGUCACUCCCCUCACCUAUGCGGCCUACCGGGACGUGCCAACGAGCUAUCUUUUUUGCGAGCAGGACGUAGCUCUCACACCGGGUUUCCAGCGGCAUAUGGCGGCAAUAGCUGAAGAGGGGCUUGUGCGUACCCAUACUUGCGCAUCAGGUCACUCUCCCAUGCUGAGUAUGCCGCAACGGGUGGUUGAUGUGAUACACGAUGCAGCUACCGCUGUAAGUGCUUAG